CCUCAAAUCAUUGGGAUCAAGAUCUUCAAAUUGACUGAAAGUCGUUAGAAAUUUAAAGUUCUUCGAACAGUGGGGAAUACAAGAAUAAAUUGUCGCUUCGUCUGUCCCUUCCUGUAUAUUCUGUCCAGACGCAUUUAUUACAUGUUUACAGUUAAAAUGUAAACAGUGUACACAAAAAAAAAUUUGGCGGAGCAUCAACAAGUCAAAAGUUCAGAUCCGAUCUAGAAGGAGAAAUCAUCAAAAUUUAAGAUUGACAGUAUAUUGACAGAGGAAAUUAAGAUAUUUGGAAUUAUUAAUAGUUUGAAUUAUUUAAUUUGAAUUCAGUAGUUUUUUCCGAUUGUUUUUAUGUACUCUGGUUGUGGCUGCAACUCAGUUAAUGAAUACAAUACAUAUAAUUUAUAGUAGUACCAGUUUAUUCGGAAUUCAAAUAUGAUAGAUAAAUUAGAAUUACCUAAAUUACCUGAUUUAGGAGGUAAUAGAAAUUCAAUUGAUAAUUCAUCCGGUUCAGGAAUUAUACGACCAGAUCAAUUUACUAAAUCCAAUUUAAAAUCAAUAUUACAUUUAAUAACUAUUGAAUUAAAAUCAAGAGGUGGUACAAGAACUCCUCAUAUAUUUUUACCAUUUAGAUCUAAAGUCAAUGAUGAAAAAUUAGAAUUAUUCUUAACUAAAUUAUAUCCCAAUGGUGAACUUUUAGAUAUACCAUAUCCUGAUAAUAAUGAUAAUGAAUCAAAAAUUAGUCGAAUAAUUAAAUCAACUGAUGAAUUUACAUUAAUUUGUAGUUUAAAAUAUUUUUGGAGUAGAUUACCAAAUCAUGAAAUUAUUGGAUGGGAUGCUUAUUUAGAAUUUAAACGUAAAGAAUUUGAAGCUGGCAAUCCAAAGAAUGCAUUUUUAAGUAUAAUGCCAAAAUGUUUAUCAUCACCAGCUCAUGCCUCAAUAGUUUAUGAUUUUUUGGAUUUAUUAAUUAAUAUAACUUCUAAUUCUCAAUAUAAUUAUUUAAGUGGUAGAAAGAUUACUAAAAUGGCAUCUAUUUGGGCAUUUAAUCCAACUCAUAAAUUAAUUAAUUCACCAUUUUAUGAUGCAACAAGUCCAAAAGAAUUUGAUUUUAGUGAAGGAUUAAAUUCUUGGAAACCUUCAUCACUGGCAUUAUUUCAUUUAUUACUUUCAUUUUUAAGAGCAAUGUUACCUGAUUCAGAUACUGAAACUUUAAAAUUACCCAAGACUUUACAAUCUUUACUUAUAAGUAAUUCUUAUCCACCACCAGAAGAUGAUGAUGUAUUAAAAUCAAUGAUAACAAUUCCAUGUGUAAGUAUUCAAUCAACAAGACAUUCUAAAAAUGCUUAUGAAUUGAUUUCAAAAAUAAGACAUAAUUUAACAUUUGAUAAAAAGGAUUCAUUUCAUUCAAUUGAAAAUUUUACUAUUUUAAAGAAUGUAUUUCAAAGAGAUUCAACUAGUAAAAUAGUUGAAAGUUUUACUGAUGAAUCAAGAAGAGUUUUAAAUAGAUUAACUGAAGAUCCAUUAAAAAAUUCACAAUUUGAUUUAUAUCCUGGUUGGUCUAAUGUUCAAAUCCCAGUUGAUGAAGAUAUUCCAUUAUUUUCUCAAAUUACAAUAAAUGAUGUAACAAUUCAAGAUUAUUAUAUAUGGACUUGGUUAUCAACUUUAGGAUCUGAUCAAAAUUCACAUUUUAAACGAAUUUUUGGUCGAUCAUUAGUAGUUGAAGCUCAAUUUAAAGGAUUUCAAAAAUGGAUUAUAUUAACUGAAAAGACUAUGAGUUCAAAGGAAUAUCUUAAUUAUUUUAAUUUAGAUAAUCAUAGUUUAUAUAGUGAGAUUCCUCAUAAAAGAAUUACCUCUGAUGAAAGUUAUAAAACUAAAGCAAUGCCAUUACCUCCUUUACCAAAUAAUCAACAAGAAGAUAAUGGUCCAUUACCAAAUUUGAAUUUUACUGAAGAAGAUUAUAAAUUAGAUUUAGGAGAUUUUGCUGAUCAACCAGAUUAUAAUAUACCUCAACAAAAUGAUUAUUUACAAUAUCAAGAAUAUCUUGAUUUUAAAGAUUUAGCUGAUGAUUUUGAAGAAAAGACUAAACUUAGUAAUUCGAAUUCGAAUUCAAAUUCUCCUCAACCUCAACCUCGUAAUAGAAGACGUCCAGCACCUUUGGAUAGUCUUAAACAGAAAGCUGAAUUACCAUUACCUCCUACUCCUCCAACUCCUCCUUCAGAUAAAGCAACCAUUUAUUCAACUCAUCCCGUGAUUGACAAUCGUCAUAUCGUUGAACCAUCAUAUAAACCAAUGACUCACUCUUCAAAUAAUGAUUAUCGUGAAGACAAUUCUGAUGACAGAAGACAAUUACAAUCACCUACCAGUGAAGAUGAUGCCAAACGAACUGUCAAAGCAAUGGAACAAGAAGAACAAAAGGUUAAAGAAGAAAAGAAGAAGAAAAAGCAAGAACGAGAGAAGAAAAGACAAGAAAAGGAAGCGGCCAAAGCUAUGGCUGCAGCAGCAGCAGCAGCAGCAGAAGCAGGAUUCUCGUCAGCUCCUCCACCAUUUGGAUUCUAUCCACCUCCAGGAGCCAUGCCACCUCCAUUCUUUGUUCAACCUCCUUCUCCAACGGAUUCAACUCUGUCUUCUGAGAAAAAGAAGCACAAGAAGAAGAAGCAUAAGAAGAAGUCGGAGUUGGAGUCAGAGUCCAGAAGUAAUUCCCCAGAGAAGGCAGUGUCUGAACAAGUUAAUGAUCCAAUUCCAAUUCCAAGUCCAAUUGGACAACAACAAGUUCCUGAUCAGAUACAAGAUAUGUAUCAUCCAAUAGAACCUAUACAACCAUCAUAUAUUCAAGAACCUCCUCCUAGAAAUAUUAAGAGAGCCAGUGUUGACAUUAGAAAUAUGUCUAAUAAUUAUUCAAGUGCUAGUCUUCCUCAACCUCCAGUAAACCCCAAACCUAAUAAUAGAUCCAGUGCUAGUUUACCUCCUCUUCCUCAGGAAGCACAUGCUCAAGGUCAAGCACAAGGUCAAGCUCAUCCUCCUGCUUCUCCUCCACCAAGGAAUCCAAAACGACAAUCUAUAUCUCCUCAACAACAACCAACUAUAUCUCCUCGUCAUCAUCGUAAUAGUUACAUUGAUGAUAGAAGAGUAAGUAAUCAACUGAAUUCACCCAUCAAUAAUCAAAUGGGUAAUGGUAUACAAAGAGAUUCACUAAGUUCCGGUAUGCCAUCCAGACCAAAUAGCAGAUCUCCUGGACGUCCAGUACCAAAUGGUCAAUACUCUCAGAUACCACAACCAUCUCAAACAUCACCGCCACGCCCUCAAUCACAAGGAUACCCCAAUUAUCCACCUGGUCCACCGGCACCACAAGCUUAUCCUCCACCGCAGGGAUACCCACCCCAAGGAUAUCCUCCACCGAAUCAACACUAUCCACCACAACAGGCAUAUCCACCUCCACCUCCACCUCCACAAGGUUAUGCUCAGGGAUAUCCACAAGGAUAUCAACAAGGUUAUCCUCCUCCUCAACAAGGAGGAUAUGCAGCUCCACCACCACAAGGAACAUACCCUCCACAACCAUAUUAUCCACCACCACCUCAACAAGCACAACAACCAUUCUAUCCGCCACCAGCCCAUGGAUAUGGACCUCCUCCACCUCAAUCACAUCAACCACCACAAUCGCAUGGUAGAGGACAAGGACAAGGACAAGGACAACAAGCACCAUUACAACCAAGAAAUAAUAAUGUAAUGAUGGGUAUACCUACAGCCUCCAAAUUUGAUAAGAACAAGGGGAAUAACAAAGCUAGUUUAAGAGCAGCCUUUGUAGAUGGCAGUUUUGGAAUAUAGUCAACAAAUAUAACGUAUAUGAAUGAAUGGGUAAUAAAUAAGUAACUAAGUAACUAACUAAGUCAAUAAAUA